ACGCCAUCUUUCUCCAAGUCAACUAUGUAUCCUUUGUGUAUCCUACAUGUUUAUGAUGGCAAUUCUAGCCUUUUGUGGUUGUGGCAUAGGACUACAAUACUGAUACCGAAUUGAGACUGUUCUGAGGGCAAAAGGGGGUGCAACUCAAUAUUAGGAAGGUGUUCUGAGGGCAAAAGGGGGUGCAACUCAAUAUAAGGAAUGUGUUCAGUGUAUAUUGUUCUUUCUCUGCCUCUGGCUCUCUCAGGGGAAGGGGACUGAUUUUGUAAUAUCAUGGAUCAGACUCCUCAGUCACUCAUUCCAGCCCAGGACUCUGGUCCACUGUCCUCCAUUACGGCUCAGCCUGCCCCUCCACAGUCCUCCAUUACGGCUCAGCCUGCCCCAACACAGUCCUCCAUUAUGGCUCAGGGUGGUUCUGUUGUCGCUGCACCCCAGCUUGUUGGCUGCAAUGUCGGAGGUUCAGUUUAUCAAAACAUCAGUGUUACUAUCCCUUCACAUGGUGCUGAUGAAGAGCUGCCAAAAGUCAAGGACAAACACAAGUCCAACAUGAAGAAGAAGUUUGGGAGCAUCUUUGAGGGGCUUGGAAAAUGGGGAAACCCAACAUUGCUUGACAAGAUCUACACAGAGCUCUACAUCACAGCUGGGGAGAGUGAAGGGGUUAAUAAGGAGCAUGAGGUAUGGCAGAUUGAAGAUACGGCUCGGACUAAAGCAUUUCAAGACGAUGCAAUCAACUGCAAUGACAUCUUUAGAUCUUUAGACCCUAAGACAGAGGAACAUAAUGACAAAUCCCAAUCCAAACAAGAGGUACCCAUCAGAACUGUGCUGACAAAGGGCAUCGCUGGCAUUGGAAAAACAGUCUCAGUGCAGAAGUUCAUCCUUGACUGGGCAGAAGGAAUAGCCAAUCAGGAUGUAGAUUUUGUCUUCGCACUUUCAUUUAGGGACUUGAAUUUGAUCAAAGAUGACUGCAAUCUCUUGGAACUCCUGAGUGACUUCCACCCUGAACUAACAGAUAUGAAGGACGCAAAGAAGUUUGCCGACUGCAAAGUCGUGUUCAUCUUUGAUGGCCUCGAUGAAAGUCAACUUCCACUGUGUUUCCAUAACAACAAGAUCUUGUCUAACAUAACCAAGACAACAUCAGUAGAAGUGUUGCUGACAAACCUCAUCAAGGGGAAUCUGCUUCCUGAAGCUCUCCUCUGGAUUACCUCCCGACCAGCAGCAGUUGAUAAGAUACCCUCUGACUGUUUUGACCGUGUAACAGAAGUUCGGGGAUUCAACGACCCACAGAAAGAAGAAUCCUUCAGGAAAAGAUUCAGUGAUGAUGAAAACCUGGCCAGCAGAACGAUCUCCCACAUCAAGACAUCAAGAAGCCUCCACAUCAUGUGCCACAUUCCUGUCUUCUGUUGGAUUACUGCCAUGGUUCUUGGGAAAAUGUUGAGCAAAAAUGACAAUGGAAAAGUACCUAAAACUUUGUCUGAGAUGUACAUUCGCUUCCUACUCACUCUGACAAACAUGAAGAACAAGAAGUACCAUGGGGAAAACCAACCAGAUCCUCGUAAUCUGUCAGAGCCUGACGUACAGAUCAUUCUGAAGCUUGGAAAACUAGCCUUCCAAAACCUGGCAAAGAGCAAUCAGGUGUUUUCUAAAGAAGAUUUGAGAAAGUGUGACGUUGAUGUCAAUGAAGCCUUCUUGCUCUCAGGUAUGUGCACAGAGAUCUUCAGAGAGGAGGACCCAAUGUUUCAAGCAAAGAAGUACAGCUUUGUGCAUCUCAGCAUUCAGGAGUUCUUUGCAGCACUCUAUGUUUCCCACCUCUUUGUCUGUGAAAACAUCAACCCGUUUGUGUCAAGAGAGAUCAGGUUACCAAGAUCGAAUGACUGGUAUUUUGGAGAAGCCUACGGCUCCAGACAGAGGGGAGACACAGAGAGCAUCCAGAAGACCAUCCAGUACAUCAAAGAUAGGCUUUCAGACGAAAAACAAAGACAUUAUCCCUCCCCAGAGAGGUGCAUCAAUCUCUUCCACUGUUUGAUCGAGUUGAACGAUACCUCAUUUGUGAAUGAAAUUCAAAGGUUCUUGACAUCCAAGAACCCUUCUGAGAAGAAGCUGAUGCCUGCACAGUGCUCGGCGAUGGCAUAUGUACUCUUGAUGUCAGAGGAAGUGUUAGACAAACUGGACCUGAGAGAAUACAACACGUCAGAUGAGGGGCGUAAGAGGCUGGUCCCAGCUGUUCGAUGCUGCCAAAAGGCCAUACUAGCAGACUGCCGCCUUACAAUGAGUUACUGUGAAACAGUGGCAUCUGCACUACAGCUGCCUGACUCCCACCUGAGAGAGCUGGACCUCAGCGUCAAUGUCCUGUUGGACCCGAAGCCCCUCUUCGUUGGACUGAGCAGUCCCAACUGCCAACUGGAGUCACUUAACCUGAGCCAUAUCAACAUGGAAAGAUCAGGACCAGAGCUUCUAAAGGCUGUGCUGAUGGGUCCUCACAACCAGCCACUUGUGUUGAGAAUCACCAGUUGUGAUCUCAAAGAUGACAUUUGUGAAACCGUUGCCUCAGCUCUCCAGUCAGCUGGCUCAUGUCUGACAGAGCUGGAUCUCAGCUACAACAAACUGACAGACACCGGGGUGAAGCAGAUCUCCAAUGGUCUUUUGAGUCCACACUGUAAACUGAAGAUCCUGCGAUUGACUGGUUCUGAGGUUACAGCGGAGUCCUGUGGAAUUUUGUCCUCUGCUAUAGCAGUCUCUCAGCUCGAGGAGCUGCGUCUGGGCUGCAACAAACUGGGAGACUCUGGAGUAAAGCUGCUGUCUGCUGGACUGAUGGAUCCACAUUGUCAGAUACAUACUCUGGGGCUAAGGGAGUGUAAUCUCUCCAGACGUUCCUGUGUCUCUCUGGCUCCUGUUCUGUGGUCAUACUCAGUACUGAGAGAGCUGGACCUGAGAGACAACAAUCUGUGGUACUCUGGAAUGAGGCUCCUCUCUGCUGGACUGAGGAACCCCAACUGUAACUUACAGACUCUUAGGCUUUCUGGUUGUCUAGUCACAGAGAAAGGCUGUACAUUUCUUGCCUCCGCUCUGGAAUCAAACCCCUCCCACCUGAGAGAACUUGACCUGAGCUUCAAUCACCCAGGAGACUCCGGAGUGAAGCUGCUCUCUGCUAAACUGGAAGAUCCACACUGUAGACUGGAGAAACUCAGUUUGGACCAUGGUGGAGAGUCCAAAAUCAAACCAGGCCUGAGGAAAUAUGCCUGCCAGCUGAAGAUGGACUUUAGGUUAGCAGAUGAUGACCUGACUCUGUCCGAGGACAACACGAGGGUGGUGAGGAGAACGCAGGUUCACCUAAAUCCUUAUUUUGAUUUCUCGGAUUCAGAUGACUCAGAUUUCUCACAUCGGACCAAAAAGUCGGAUAGGUGGGCCAAAGUACGCUGCAGGGAGCCCCUGUCUGAUGGUCGUUCCUACUGGCAGGUUGAAUGGACUGGCUGGGUUGACAUUGGGGUGACAUAUACACCCAGAUGGGGUAUGGAGAAUAAGAGGUGUUUUGGGCUUUUUUGCUGCAAUGAACAGUACGCAUUUAUUCAUGAUAUCAGGCUCUCAGUUAUAUCAGCACCCAGGCCUGACCCAAAGUGUAUAGGAGUGUAUCUUGACUUUCCAGCCGGCACUCUGUCCUUUUACAGCGUCUCCUCUGGUACACUGACCCACCUGCACACAUUCCACACCAAGUUCACUGAGCCACUCUACCCUCAGUUCAAAAUCAUGUGUGAUGAAAGGGAGAUAUUUGGCUCUGUUAAAAUCCAAACUCUGUGAAUGAAACAAACAGGGAGAGUCUGGAAUGAA